AUGGCUAAAGAAAAAAGAAAAGAAGAUACCCCACCUCGAUUGACCGGUGCUAAUGGAUUGAUUGAGUCAUCGAGACUGGGGCUAACCAGCCCAGAGCCCAUCAAGAUAAGAGGUUCUGCAACGUAUGGAGAAACCAAGGGGUCAUGGUGUGUGGUUACAGGAGGGCCUUUUGCGAUGCGGGCCGUUGAUGGGGCACAACCACUCAGACGCGCCCUCGCACACGCGUACCAGUGGGUUUCUCCCAUCCCCCAGGGUACCAAGGCCCGUAGCGGCGGCCAAAGUGGGUUCCCGCACAAGGAAAAAACGUGGCCGAGGCGCUGUAAAGGCUGGUCCUUUGAAACAAGCGAGGCGCAACGCUGGGCCAGCACAGGGCCGGCUUUGUCGACGUUCCAUCUGUUGUCGCCUUCUGUUCACCAGGUAGCGGUCUACUCUCGAAUCCAUCUCCCGCUCCGGUCUUUGCCGUCACCGCCGCGUCUCACACUUGUCGUGGUAUUAGUACGCCGGCUGUCCCCCCAAACCAUUUCUGUCACCACUACUGUCACUACUACUACUACUACUACUACUACUACUACUACCAUUUGCUACCAUAUACCACCAAGCCACUCCCUACCGCCGUCGACUGCCAACUUUUCAGCCCGCACCAUGACCAACUCCCUUGAGUCUUCACGGCCCAUACUUGCCAACACAUGCCCUAGUCCUGGCCGGUGCGUGCCUAUGGACCACCUGCACUCUUGGGCCCAUCAUACUAGUUCUCUCAUCCCCUCUGCACUUUUCUUCCACUUGCUCUUCUUCCCACAUCGCUCCCGCUUCCCUCCCAAACUUUCAUCGCAAUCACAACAACAACAACAACAACAACAUCAACAACAACACAAUACAUCGUCCCUCAACAUGUCGCAACAAGAACAGUCUAACGACAAGAAACCCCAGAGCACCGGCAAACGCGCCUCCACCCGCAUGUCCACCUACAGCGCCGCACCCACCCUGACUCCCUCAAUUGCGCCCUCGCACCUUUCCGAAGCCUCGUCAACCGCCGGCGAUCCCAAGUCGCAAGACAUCAAAUCGUGGAACGCAGGCUUUAACCGUCUCGAGGACAAACGUUUGGUCCAACAACGAUACGCUAUGAGCAAUGAGAAGACAGACGACAUGAGCAAGCUGGCGCUGGGAGCCAAACUUGACCGCGCCCUUGGCCGACGCAUGUCGGGCCAGGACGCCGUCUUCCGACCGAGAGCCCUCAGCGAAAAGAAGGAAGUCCAGGCAUAG